ACAGUAAACAAAUUCUUUCGCUGUCAAAUAAAGGUCUCCCGUUUCAUUUUUAAUGGUUUAAAACAAGUGCUUGUCUUUUUGGUCCAACAAUUCAUUUCUCUCCAUCUCUCCAUUCAAAAGAAAACAACAAACACAAACCCCACAAAACAGAGGAGAAGAAGAGGGAUAAAAAGAGUCAAAUGUAUACAAAUCUAUGUAAAUGGAGCAGUAGCAGACAGACAAUACCUUCCUCCUAAAUUCUCAGCUUAAUAGUAUGUAUAUUUCCCUUUUUCUCAUUCCAUUCUCCAAAAGAACAAUUUUUUUCUUCUCUACAGAUUAUUAUUCUUUAAUUUAGGGUUUGGGUUUCUUCUUUGGGUAUCUUGUUUUUGAUGAAUUGGAGAUAAGGUGGUAUAGUUUGAGACUUGGGUUUCUUGUUUUUUAUCAAUUGGAAUAAAGGGUUUUUGGAUUGUUGAUCAUUUGAGGGUUUGGGAGGUCAAGAUUUUGAUCUAUUUAAGGUAAAGAUUUUCAGAAAUUUGACCAAUUUGAGAGGUAAAUGUUUUCUUGAUCAAUUUGAGGUAAAGGGUUUCAGAAAUUUGAUUAAUUUGAGGUGUGGGGGUAUCUUGUUGUGAUCAAUUGGAGUUUAUAGAGGAUUCAGGAUUUGGUUUGGGAAUCAAGAUUUUGAUAAAUUUGGGAUUAGGGUUUUGAUAAUUUUUUGUGAAAAUUGAUUCUGAUGGGAGCUGGGAGUUCAAGUAUUGCAGCAGCAGAAGAAGGAGGAUGUUCUUCACCAAGUAAAAUGAUGGUGGUUGGUCUCGGUGAUAUGCCUGAAAGCUGUGUUGCAUCUGUUCUUGUGUAUCUUGAUCCACCUGAAAUUUGUAAACUUGCAAGAUUAAAUCAAGCUUUUCGUGGUGCUUCUUCUGCUGAUUUUAUAUGGGAAUCAAAAUUGCCUUCAAAUUAUAAGUAUCUUAUGGAGAAAAUAUUUGGUCAAGUUCCUGCUAAUCUAAGUAUGAAGGAGAUUUAUGCAAAGCUUUGCAGGCCUAAUCGAUUCGGGGAUGGGACUAAGGAAAUUUGGUUGGACAAGAGGACUGCACAGCUUUGUAUGUCGAUUUCGGCAAAGGCGUUAACAAUAACCGGAAUUGAUGAUAGGAGAUAUUGGAAACACCUACCAACUGAGGAAUCUAGGUUUAACUCAAUUGCAUAUCUCCAACAAAUCUGGUGGUUCGAGGUUGAUGGAGAAGUAGAGCUUUGCUUUCCAGCCGGGACCUACAGCCUAUUCUACAGGAUUCAGUUGGGCAGAGCCGCAAAGAGGUUCGGCCGAAGAGUUUGUAACCCUGAACAUAUCCACGGAUGGGAUUUGAAACCGGUUCGAUUCCAACUUCAGACAUCAGAUGGCCAACACGCGAUGUCCCAGUGUUAUCUGGAUGAACCAGGUAACUGGGUUAAUUACCACGUUGGAGAUUUCGUUGUUGAAAACCCAAACACACCGACAAAAAUCAAGUUCUCAGUGACUCAAAUAGACUGCACCCACACAAAAGGCGGCUUAUGUUUGGAUUCUGUGUUAAUAUACCCAAGUGAUCUUAGAGACAGGUUAAAACGGUAACCGAUUUUUGAAGCGGAUUUUAACCUUGUUUUCUAGGGUCUUAGGAUUUAGCAAGAGAGAAUAUAUGUUAUAGGAGAUAUAGAUAUAAAUAGAUGUGUGCCCUGGUUGGUCUGUCUUGUUAUUUUUUACAUAUUUUUGUUGGCUUCUCCUGGAUAAAGCUGUAAAGGGAUUGUUGUAUAUUGAUCUGUCUAUACUUUUCUUCAAUGUAACAAUCAACUACUCUGAAUUUAGAGGUCCUGUUUUUGAGUAGCUGUACCUUGUUACUUAAAAGCUAGAGGUCAUGUGUUUUGAGUGAA